UUUGAAUCAUUUCUUAUUAUCAUAUCUUCAUUAGUUAUUAUUUCGUGUCUUUUUUGGUGAUCCGAAUCAUUGUAUUCCGAUGCUUUUGUUCUCACAGUAACAGUACCGAACUGUUUAUUGGUAGGCAAUUUUGUAACUGCAAAUAGGUAUUACUUUAUGUGCAUAGAAAUGAGUGGUGUUAUAGCGAUGUUAUUUUUUCAAGCUUACGAUUAGAAGAAUAAGUCGUCGAAAUAUACGGAUAUACCUACGUAGGUGUUUGAAUGGGACUUUGCAGUACAUCCCCAUCAACCUGGUGCCUCCUCCCACUUCAAAGGAAAGUUCCAUAUUAUUUGAUUCUCCGCAUAAAUCAUUAGAAACAGUUUCAUUUGCGUUCAACGUGAACUGGUUAACCUAACCUGUUGGUAGCGCGGAAGAUUUUCAGCAAUCCUGCUCAUGAACUUUCAUUAUAGACAAAAAACGUCACAAUAGUGCAAGUGCGAUUUUAAAAUGGACAAUUUUCAAGACGAUUAUGUAUCUUCAACUUAUGGAUCGGAAACUGUGUACUUGAAUAAUGGUACCGGGUUUAAAAUAAUACACGUAAAGACAAACGUUUUUUGUAAAAUAUUAUGCAUUGUGCACAAAAAUGAUGAGAUGAAAACUCCAAAAUUCCAGAUCAUAGUAAUUACGUAUUAUUUUAUUACAAAAAAGACUCGAACAGAAUUAAUCACAGCAUGCUAUUAUAUACUCCGCAAAUGAUUCGUAGUGGUAAUUCAACGACAAGCAUAGCAAUGUCGAAUAACAAUACUGCGGUUAUCCCUGCAAUAUGUUCUGUGUGUGGUGAUAGAGCAACCGGCAAACAUUAUGGUGCAGCAUCUUGCGACGGAUGUAAAGGAUUUUUCAGAAGAUCUAUUCGAAAAAAUCAAAAAUAUGUGUGCCGAUUUCAAGGAAAUUGUGCAAUAGAUAAAGUGAAACGUAAUCAAUGCAGACGCUGUAGGUUACGGAAAUGUCAUGCCGUUGGCAUGAAAAAAGAAGCUGUGCAAAGUGAAAGAGAUAAAAUUAGUCGUAAGGGAUUGGCUGAAAAAUCUAGUUUUCCAAGUGAACUUUUCUUGACAACUUUAUUAAGCGCGGAAAUGAUUUUCAAAGAUGAAGAUACUAUGAAGUUCAGUUUUGACUGGUCAAAAAAUGAAAUCGCAAGCAUUCAAGACAUUCGCGAAUCAGUUAAACAACAAUUAUUACGUCUUGACGAAUGGUCCAAACAAGUGUCCGCAUUUUCUGAACUCACAAUAAAUGACCGGAUUGCUUUGUUGCGAGCUCACGCUGGAGAUCAUUUGCUGUUAGGAUUAGCUCGACGUUCGUUAUAUUUGAAAGAUAUGUUGAUUUUAGCAAACAAUCGUAUUCUUACUAGACCAAGAAGUGAAAACUCAGAUCAAUCAGAAUUUGAUAUGAACAGUAUCAGUGUUAGAGUAAUGGAUGAAUUAGUUAAACCAUUUACCGAUGUGCAAAUAGACGACAAUGAAUUUGCUUGCUUGAAAGCAAUUGUUUUCUUUGAUCCAAAUGCUAAAGGAUUGAGUAACAAUGAGCAUAUUAAAUACCUUCGUCACCAAAUUUACAAUUAUUUGGAAGACUAUAUUAAUAAUCAACAUUUGGAAGCAAGAGGUCGAUUAGGAGAAUUAUUGCUGACAUUACCACCUCUCCAAUCCAUAUCGGAACAGAUGAUCGGACAAAUUCAUUACGCUAAAAUGUUUGGCUACGUUCAAGUUGACACAUUGCUGCAAGAAUGGUUGUUAGGAGGUACUCAGUACCCUACUGUUUUUGAUAUCUUGAAAAAUUAAGGCAUAUCGCCGAUUUUGUGGUUGAAAAAAAAUUAUGAAGACUGUAAGUUGAUACUUGAAAUGCCAUACUUAUAGAUAUUCAUUUUUUGAAAAAAAAUUUUAAAUCGGUUUCUGAGAUGACCUAUAAGUACCUAUGUUUAUAUUGUUUAUGUUGAAUAAUUGUUAAGCUAUAUGUGUUUUAAGUUGGUAAGUAUCUAAUCAAUGUGAGUCUUUAGUAAUGCCUACCAAGUUCAUAAAUAUCUGACUUUGAUCAUUUAUUGUAAAUAUUUAACCCUUUUUCAAUUUUAUACUUUCAUUCAGCCAGCCUAUAUUUUACUAUGUAUUGUAUACUUGCGUUAAAAAGUUGAAUGCUUCGUCGCCUUAAAUAAACAUUCAAUUAAUCUUUAACAUAAUAUCAUUAUCUUCAAAUUUUUUUCCAAUCUGAGUCAUCGCAUACCUAAUUAAAAGGUUCAACAUCAUUGAAAAUACAAAGAACCAAUUAAUCAUUGAAGAAAUGAAGAGAGAUUAAACGCUAAAAAAAUUAUUUAUUAAUCAAAUAUGACAAAAACAAAUCAAAAUUUAAUUUUAAAAAAUCUUAUUACAUCAAGUAGGUACCUAUUGCUCAAGUAAAAAAUGUUUUUAAAAAUUCUAUUCGUCGCCUAUAAUUCGCUUAGACAGACGCGCUGAUAAAAACUAAUCAAAUUUACAACGAUCCAAUUCCAUAAACAUCAAUGGAAUUAUUGUCAUUUUUCGAAGAUGCAAUCAUAAAUGAUAGUUUUCUUCGAUAUUAGAAAACCUGUGAACAUAAUUGGGCAAUGGUUUACGAAACAAAGAAUUCACAGACAUGUUCACCCAGUAAGAUGUAAUUGGCUUUCUUACCAAUGAAUCAGUGGUAUCAUAUUUCGGACGUUUUUUCACAGGACUGCGUAUCUCAAAAUCAUAUUCUUCAUCGUUUGACUGCGACACUUUGAAUUUUUUAUUGCCCCAAUCCCAUGCGGUAGUAAUAGUUCGAGGUAUACUGUGUAUCGCAUUCUUCAUUCGUUUAAUAAAUUUGACUAAUAAACAUCUAGGCGGACUAUUAGGAAUCGUCAAAUCCAAUUCUCCUCGUUCAUCAAUUUCUUCUAUCACUUCCAUCGUGGCCGUUGGAGUACCAUAGAUCGUAAUAUUUCCCUCCGAAUCAGUCGUUUUGGCUAAUUCAAAAGUAACUCUGCGAUUCUUCAGAACUUUUUUGGAUA